AAAAAACCAAAAGUACUAUAUUUUGCCAUUUAUGGUGCUCUAUCAAUAGUUUAAAUUUUGUUAUCACGCUAUCAUAAUUUAUUCCUAGCUUAAAGUAGGAUUUUUAUUUAGUUAUGUUGCUCCAUUUGCAUUCGUAUUGAUAUUAACAUUACUUAUAGAAGCAUAUGAUGAUUUUUAAAGAUAUAAAAGAGAUAAAUAAGCAAAUUCACAAGUAUACACCUAGAUCGAAAAAGAUAAAACAAUAAAACUAUAAAGCUGGCAAUUAAAAGUUGGAGACAUUAUUGAGGUUCAUGCAAAUUAAAGAAUACCUGCCGAUUUAAUUUUGCUUAAUACAAAUGAUAUAACAGGAACAGUUUUCAUUAGAGCAGAUUAAUUAAAUGGAGAAAAAGACUGGAAAUUAUGUAAAGCCAUAAGACAUACUUAAAAUUUUGGUUAAAAUAAAAUUUAACAACUCUUAAUGCAUCAAUUACCUGCGAACCUAUAAUUAAAAAAUAUUUGACAGAGGAUAAUCUUAAAAUUUUUACUGCUUAAUAUGAGAAGGCAAAGAAUUAAAUGGGAGAAAGAGGGCUAGCUGUUCAAAAUUUUUGGACUCUUAUGAGAAUGAUUUGGAAUUAUUGGAAUUAAUAGGAGUUGAAGAUAUGCUUUAGAAAGACAUUGAUGCAACAUUAGAAUCUUUGAAAAAUGCAGGAAUAUAAAUCUGGAUGUUAACUGGAGAUAAAGUGGAAACAGCUUAAUGUAUAGCAAUUUCAACUGGAUUGAAAAGUCCUACUUAAGAAAUGUUUGUAAUUAAGGAUAUAGAAGACUCUUUAAUCCUAAAAAAGGAGCUUAAUUAAUUUGCUCCAAAAAAUAAUAGCGUUCUAGUUUUAGAUGAAUAAUCCUUAAAAGUUUCUCUUGAGUUUCAGUAUACUGCAUUUUUUCAUGUAGCUUGUAAUUCUCCUGCUGUAGUCUGUUGGAGAUUCUCACCAACCUAAAAGGCAUAAGUCACUGAAUUGAUUAAAGAGCAGACAUAAAAGAUAGUUUUAUGUUUUGGAGAUGGUGGGAAUGAUGUAGCUAUGAUUUAAGCUGCUGAUGUUGGAGUCGGAUUAGUGAGCAAAUAAGUAGCUCUAGCAAGCGAAUUUUCCGUUUUAAGUUUAAGUAUUUAGAUGUUUUAUUAUUAUGGAAUGGUAGAUUGGCUUAUAAAAGUAUAUCUGAAAUGGCUUAAUUCGUCAUGCAUAGAGGAUUAGUUUAUUGUCUCUAGAUAAACCAUAUUCUCGAUUGUUUUAUAUUUUGUAUUUAUUCCUAUCUAUAAUGGUUGGUUGAUGUUAGAAUAUGGCACAGUUUAACACUAUUUACUGUUUUUUUUAUAUUUUUGA